UCUCCCCUCUUUCUUUCCAUCUUUUUUGAGUUCUGUACCAUUUUUUCUAGCUACUGCAAAAUUGCUCAGAGGCAAGCUAUAUAUCCAUGGUUAGAUAGUGACUUUGAGAAUCAUCCAUCAUCUUCAACUUCACAAGAUAAUUCUUUUGUUCUUUCUUCUUUUGUUUUUUCUCCCUUUGGCGUUAUUUUUACUCUACAAAUUAAAUUACUAGGUAGCACCCAGUGUGAAUGGUAUGUGGCUAAUUGUCAUUGCCACCUGUUUUUGCUAGCUAACUCUUUCAAUUUUACUCCAAAACAAAAUCGCUGCUAUUUGCUUAGUUGUUUUUGUAAUCCAAAGUUUGGAUUCUCUCUAUCUGAAUAUAUAAAAUUGGCUUUACCUUCUUCCACUUGUUGUUCAUAAACCAAGUUUGUUACAAGAAGUAGGUGUUAGCUUUGUAUUUAUUAGCUAUGAAUCAAGAAAAGCAAAUAUAUCAUCAGAGCAACAGCGGUUGCUUUUCUUUAUUGGAGUCUUCAUCAGUACUCUCUCAUCAAGCUGCCAUGUUCUCUGAUGAAGCCAGUGUUUCUUCCACCACUAGGGUUCCAAAUUUAUGUCCUAUGCCUCAAACCAUUUCAAAUCAUCAGCCUCAAAAGAUCAAGAAGAAGAGAAGCCUCCCUGGAAAUCCUGAUCCAGAUGCUGAAGUGAUUGUUUUAUCUCCAAAGACACUUUUAGCUACAAACCGAUUUGUGUGUGAGAUCUGUAGCAAAGGAUUUCAAAGGGAUCAAAAUCUUCAGCUUCAUAGGAGAGGUCAUAACCUACCAUGGAAAUUGAAGCAAAGAAACAACAAAGAAAAUAGAAAAAAAGCAUAUGUUUGCCCUGAGCCAACAUGUGUUCAUCACCAUCCUUCUAGAGCUCUUGGUGAUCUCACUGGAAUUAAAAAACAUUACUGUAGAAAACAUGGUGAGAAGAAAUGGAAAUGUGACAAGUGUUCAAAAAUUUAUGCUGUUCAAUCUGAUUGGAAGGCUCACUCCAAAACCUGUGGUACAAGAGAGUAUAGAUGUGAUUGUGGAACAGUCUUCUCCAGGAAGGAUAGCUUCGUUACACACAGAGCAUUCUGCGAUGCAUUGGCCGAAGAAAGUGCCAGACUCUCAGCUAACUCAGCCUUAAUGCAUAGAGCGGCCGUUGCCGCCGCUACAACCGAAUCCAAUUUCCAUCUCAACCAAUCAUCACCAAUAUUCUUCCCUUUCCCCACCACCAACCAACGCCACUUCGCAAACCCUCCUCCGCCACCAACCACGGCGGUGACAACCCAUAUCUCCCUCAACAACCCAUGGGACCCACAAAUUCCCUUAAACCCUAAUCCUACACAUCAUGAAGAAAAUCACAACCAAAUGACUCAUCAUCCUGUUCCUAUCAAGACUGAAUCAAUUCACAUCCCCAUAUCAUCUUCAGUGCCUCCAUUUUACCAAGAUCACUUUUUUCACAAGGGUUCUUUUGCCAAUAUCCCAUCUCCUCAACUCUCAGCUACAGCAUUGCUCCAGAAAGCAGCUACUAUAGGCACUACACAUUCCGCUGUGAGUCACGUGAACUCAACAAUGGCCCAGUUAAACAGAACCUCUCUUGGUCACAUGACCCACAAGAUUUCUCCGGAGGAUUUUCUAGGGUUUGGAUCGGACAAUAUGUCGAAUACUUGGCAGCAGAAAAGCGAGAAUCUCACGAGGGAUUUUCUGGGGUUAACAGGAGAUCACGAUCAUGACGAGUCUUGUGCUGAUGGAAAUGGGCGGAAUGGAGGACUUUUUGUGACAUAUGGAGGAGGAGGAGUAGGGAAUGGAAAUGGGGGGAUGGACUUUCAACAAACACUAUAUGAGCGUGACCAUUCAUCAGUGUUGAAACAUCAUCAAUUGGGCUUUGGUUUUGCUGCUACUGCUACUGCUGAGACUGCAUCGGAAACAUGGGGGAAUUGCUGAUCAAGUAACUUACUUACCAGAAGGGUGAAUUUCAGAGAUUCGCUGUGUUGGAAUUUAAUUAGGGAGAUAUCUCUAUCAUCAACAGAAAGAAGAAAGAGACUAGCAAGAAGAAGGAACUAAAAAAGUAGAAAGAGGACAGAGGAAAAGAAAAGGACAAUGAAAAUAGACUUUUCGCAUUUUUCCUAUUUGCAAGAACCAUUUUUAUCUUUUUUCGAUUUACCCUUUUUUUCAUGUUGGUAAUGCACAUUCUGCUUUUUUGGAUUUUAAACCUAAGUCUUUGUUAAUUAUUGCUUCUGCAUUUUGUUAGUUUCUUUUUUUA